AUGUCAUUCUUUCAUGCGAGGAAUUUUCGUAUAUACAACAAUGCAAUUGUUCCCUUUCCUUCAAUAAUCACUGGGCGUAUCACUCUUUUUGCUGCUGAUAAUCAUGUUAUUUGUCGUUUAAAACCUCAAGUUUUCUAUCGAGGAAAGAAAACUAAAUCUUCUUUCAAUUUCAACGACCUUCCUCAUGCUUUGGAUUUGAGACCUCUGGAGCCUUUAGUCUUAGAGCAAGCAAUUAUUAAGGAUAAAUCGCCAGAAAGAGCUUCCUUGAAUUUUGUCGAACAUGUUCAGGAUUUACUUCAGGAACCAGAGCCGGUAAAAGCUGAGUCUCAAGAUUGGCCAAAUUCUACGACUCCGCAAGAUCUGGAAGAGGAUACAAAGAAGUCGGUGUCAUCAAGGAGAGCCAGGCGCACGGAACGUUUACCCCAAGGUUUGAUUACUCUUGAUUCAGAAUCUUCAGAAGUGCAAGAAUCCCAAGCCGCUUCAUCUCCGUCAAUGGAUGGGAAAAAAGCCAAAAGGGCCAAAGCAUCGGAUGAAGUAGAACUUCUUCAAGGACUACUUCCUUUGGAGCCUUUGGAACCUUUGGAAACUGAACAUGAAGCACCACCAUAUCCAACUGUGAUCAUGCAAGCGCGUAGUAAUAUGCUCAAGUUUGAGAAUUGCGUCGUUGUAACACGUGUUGGUGGUUUCUAUGAAUUGUAUUUUGAGCAUGCGAAUGAAUUUGGCCCACUUCUAGGUCUCAAAGUUGCUCAGAAGAAAACAAAUGCUGGACCGGUUUCCAUGGCUGGAUUUCCCUUUCAUCAACUUGAUCGUUAUUUGAAAAUACUUGUCCAAGAUCUAAGUCGCUAUGUUGCUAUCUCGGAAGAGUUUCCAAAUGAUAUCUCGGACAAGGUAAAGUCUGGUGGCUUGUUGCAUGACCGAAGAGUCUCACGUAUUGUUACACCUGGUACUCUCAUCGAUGAGGGUUUCAUGGAUCCCCUAUCGAACAAUUAUGUGCUUGCGAUACACGUGCAGCACGAUGUACAAACUGACACCAUUGAACAUGAGAGACUUCACAAACCAAUUGGACUGGCUUGGCUGGAUUUAUCAACUGGUCAUUUCUUCACACAGAAGUCAUUACUCUCAGAACUUCCUUCUUUCAUGGCUCGUAUAGCCCCACGCGAAAUUGUAUUGGACGAGGAGAUACAACCUUUAAAAAAUCACGAAAUAUAUACCGUCCUCACUGAUGAACACCAUAUAAUUACGUAUGCAACCUUGCCUGAAGUCAGGCCUAUAUCUGAAUGGACUCCUAUGCUAGAAUCGGCAGUUUCAUCAUCUUCGGUCAACACCUUCACGGAGGAAGAGAUAUCGGCCGGCAGCUGUCUGCUUCAUUAUGUCGAGACAAGAUUACAAAGCACCAACAUGAAACUUCAACCUCCUGUCCGCCAAUUGAAUGUCAUGGGAAUCGACAAGAACACCAUGAGAGCUCUAGAAAUAAAAAAGACCAUCAAGGAGGAUAACUUCAGUGGCAGUUUACUGCACACAAUUCGGCGGACAGUUACCAAAGGGGGUGGAAGGCUGUUGGAAAAUUGGCUUGGUGAGUUUGCCCUGUGCGCCCAAUUCUAUUUCAGUAUCAACGAAAUAAAGAAGCUGACCAAAACAAUAGCAUCUCCCUCAACAUCCCUGGAUGUACUAGAAUCUCGACUCGACCUCGUGACACACAUGCUCGAGGAUGAGUCUCUUCGGGCCCGAGUAACAACACUCCUGAAACGUAGCCACGAUUCUCAUCGCCUACUACAGAAAUUUGCAUUUGGUAGAGGAGAUGGCGAUGACCUUCUAGAUCUUGCAAGCACAAUACAUGCUACUCGAGACAUUGCACAUACACUCAAGGUUCAAAAUGCCACCCCCGAGCCUUGUAUACAGGCACUACUUGCUCGCAUUCACCUCAAAGACCCAAUCAAACUCGCCCAAGCAGUCACAGACGCCAUCGACGAAGAAGGACUCGUCCAACAACAACGUAUCGAAGAAGGCGAGAGUGAAGAAAUGCAAGCACUCGCGAACGCAAUCGUUGCCUCGGAAGGAACUGUAGAAGAAAACUCCACCCUUCGAAAAGGCAAUCGCAAGAAGCCACCCAACAGCAUCCGCGAAUAUUACAACCAAGAAAACGAAGCCUGGAUAAUGAAACCCACCGCCACUCCAAUCCUCAAACGUCUUCAUAAAGAACUCUCUUCUCUCUCCGAUCAGAAAACCAGCCUCGCAGCUUCUCUUUGCGAUCGCCUCGGCGCAACAAGUCUCACCCUUCGCUUCACCCCUGGCCUCGGCCACAUCUGUCACGUCAAGGGCAGAGACAUAAAUCUCAAUAUGCCCGAAGCCCGCACCAUCAGCUCCAGCAAAACUACUCGUUCCCUCCACCACCCUGAAUGGUCAUCCCUAGGCCAGCAUAUCGAUCAAUGUCGCAUUCACAUUCGAGCCGAAGAACAACGACUCUUUUACAAGCUCCGCGAAUUGGCCAUCACCAAUCUCUUGAAACUUCGACGUAAUGCCGCUGUGCUGGAUGAAAUAGAUAUCGCAUGUUCAUUUGCUACGUUGGCGGAUGAAAGGGGCUGGACUCGUCCUAUUCUCAACACAAGUUCCGCGCAUAAAAUCAUCGGCGGGAGACAUCCUACCGUUGAGACUGGUCUAGAGGAAGAAGGCCGGAGUUUUAUUUCCAAUGAUUGUCUAGUGGGAGAUGUUCAUCAGGCAUGGUUAAUCACUGGACCAAACAUGGCGGGAAAAAGUACAUUCUUGCGACAAAAUGCAUUGAUCACAGUUCUCGCACAGGUGGGCUCAUAUGUGCCAGCAGAAUAUGCAGAGCUAGGAAUUGUAGAUCACAUAUUCAGCCGUGUUGGAUCUGCGGAUAAUCUCUAUCGAGAUCAAUCAACGUUCAUGGUGGAGAUGUUGGAGAGUGCGACUAUCCUCAAAAAUGCAACAUCACGGUCAUUUGUCAUUAUGGAUGAAGUUGGCAGAGGGACGACACCGACGGAUGGUAUUGCCGUGGCGUUUGCAUGUCUGCAUCAUCUUUAUCAUGUAAACAAAUGUAGAACAUUAUUCGCAACGCAUUUUCAUGCAUUGGUGGAGUUAAUUGAGGAGAAUAGAAUGAAUGCAGUAGGCUUUUAUUGUACAGAUGUGGAAGAGCAUGGGAGCACGGAUGAAGCUUUCAGGUAUAUGUAUAAAUUGAAGGAGGGCAUCAACAGACAUAGUCACGCUCUCAAGGUGGCCAAGUUGGCUGGAUUGCCGAAAGAAGCUAUCGAGGUUGCUAGGCAAAUCUUGGAAAAGGACGUAAAUCCUAAAUAG